AUCAGCCACUCUUAUGGCAGAGCAGAAGCCUCAAGGACCGCACCGCUAUCUGGAUUUACUUCACUAGACGGACAACAAGAAGAACAUUUCUUCUGAGGAAAUUCGUAGACUUGUGAAUUCAAGACUUGUGAAGACCUUUGGCCCAGGAGUCAUGAAGCCCCGCAGACCGAGCUGUGCGGAUUCAGGGUCGGAGUCGGACUCCAGAGACCCAGAGAAGUUUGAGAGCGCCAUGCGGCGGAGGAUGGCGGCCAACGCUCGAGAAAGGAAGAGGAUGCAGGGUCUGAACACCGCAUUCGACCGCCUCCGCAAAGUGGUUCCACAAUGGGGUCAGGACAAGAAGCUCUCCAAAUAUGAAACACUGCAGAUGGCCCUGAGCUACAUUAUGGCCCUCAACCGAAUUCUGACUGAUGCCAGCAGACACGUAGCUCCUCAGAAAGACUGGCUGGAUCUACAGUUUGACGGCCUACAGACGGAGACCUAUUCUUGCUUUAUGCGCUAUAACUCGCCUGUGGAAAAUGACUGUAUGCACUCUUCCUUCUCCUACCACUACGAAAGCCUCUAAGCUCUCACUGACUGAUAAGCAAUGGUGCGUUCACUUGUAUCUUUCUUAACACGGAUACAGGAGUCAGUAAAUAUGUUUGUAUUACUGUGUAAUAUUUUAUGUUUUUGGUUCUGGAAAUCAAAUGAUUAGCUUUAAUAGAGUCUGACUCAUUCUAGGAGUAGCUUUAAUUGUUGCAAAAAAAGUAUAAUUGUUGUUUUUCUGAGCAAUUGUAAAUGAUGACUCGAUAAAAUCACAUUUGUCAAUGAGUCUUUAAGUGAGAUGUUUGAAUUUUUCGUUCCUUUGUAUCAAAACUUUGUGUAAAGUGUGUGCUCAGCUAAGCGAAAGCUGAAAAACACACGCACAAAAAAAGAAAUACACAGAUCUUAUUUUGCCAAAAUGAAAUCCUGAAUUGUUGACCUUUAUUUAUUUAUUUAUUAUUUUUUGGUGCUAAACUCAAUGAAUAAGAAACAAUA